GUAUAGUUUACCUUCUCAGAGAGACGCUUUUAAUAAUGUUGCACAAACAAACUGAUAUUUGAAUAGAUUUGCCAGUUUGUACGCGACAAGUUUUUGAUUCGAUCGUUCGAAGUGUUGAGUGAAUUUUUUUGUGAUUUUAAAUUUUCGGAAAAAUGUGCAGUAACGAGAGCCCAGCAAACGCGUCCCCAAGAUUACCGAUGCCUUUUCCGUUAGAACCCAACGGACCCAGAGCUCUCCUUCCCAUAGAUCAGUACAGAUUGCAGCUGUAUCAAUAUGCCGUCGCUGAGCGUCUCAGGUACCCGUUACUAAAUCCAUUCCCGUCGCCUUUGACUUGCUACCCAUUAUUUCCGCGAGCUCUACAACCUGAAGAACCCAAACCGUCGCACAGCUACAUCGGGCUCAUUGCUAUGGCCAUUCUAAGCUCUCCAGAAGGAAAACUGGUGCUCUCCGACAUCUAUCAGCAUAUUCUGGACAACUAUCCUUAUUUCCGAACACGGGGACCUGGCUGGAGAAACUCUAUACGCCAUAAUUUAUCUCUGAACGAUUGUUUUAUCAAAGCUGGAAGGAGCGCGAAUGGUAAAGGACAUUACUGGGCCAUACAUCCAGCGAACGUGGAAGAUUUUCGCAAAGGGGACUUCAGGCGUCGCAAAGCUCAAAGAAAAGUCCGCAAACACAUGGGUUUGGCUGUGGAUGAAGACGGAGCGGACUCACCGAGUCCUCCACCGCUCUCAGUGAGUCCGCCAGCACUUCCUGGGCCUUCAACGUCCGUUUAUCCCACUUCUACCAGUACAAGAAGCACCAGGAAGCGGCAGUUUGACGUGGCUUCGCUCCUGGCUCCUGAUUCAGGCGAUGAUACGGCCGAAGAAGACAUAGAUGUAGUGUCCAGUGAUCAACAAGAGGCUGGUGAAACGAAAUCGUGGCAAAUGUUUCCAAUAGUAAAUUAUUACCAGGCCUUACUCCAGGCGAGGCCCCCAACACCUACACAUCCAGUGAGUCCAGACUCUUAAGGACAUUUUUAAUUAAUUUAAAGUAAUUUAACAGCAUUUUUAUGUACAUUCUCCAAGUCGUAGUGAAAUACCAACUGUUUUCCAUUCAGCUACUUAUAGUUUUGUUCCAGAACAACAGGCAAUAACUUUUUUUUAUUUAGAAUGGUUUAUACAAGAAAAUUUAGUUCAACAUCAAUAUUUCUUGCAUUAAAAUAAAAGUACUAAGUUGAGUAAAAAGGAUUUUUGAGGGAUCAAACAAAUCAUACAAAGAUUUAUAUAGUCUGAAUGGAAAACUGAUAUGAAAUUUUUAUCUGUCUUAUUAAACACACUUACCUACAUUAUUUAAGAGAAAUAUAUAAAAACAUUACAAGCAACUAUUUAUUUAUAAUGGCAGUUGCUUAAAUUGAAUGUAUAAUGUAUCUAUAUUUUUUCGUUUGAUUUUUCUGUGGCUGUAUAUAUAUUAAAAUAUAUAAAUCCGCUGUAAUUUGUUUUGAAGUUAUAUUCUUGAAGGCACACACAACACAACUUUAUGAAAAGUC